GCACGACUCUAUUUGAGGACAGAACACAACCCUCAGGGACAAACACAUUUUACGCAGACCUAGGUAUGCUGUCUCACACAUGACUGCAUCCAUGGUCUCACUGGCUGCCAGGCUGUCCUCUGGGCUUCUCUGGCACAAUAAAGAAAUUAAAAGCACAUUCUUAGGACUUCAGAGGAAAUUCAAAGAAACCAUGGUAGCAAGCGUGCAGCACAGGCUGGUCCAGCACAGGCUGUGUCAGCGGCGGCCGUCAUCACUGUCAUCACUGGCAGGGUCAUUGUUACUUCAUGUACAGACACACUGGGCGGCAGUGCCCAGGGCUGGCUGCUCCCACCCUUCCUCCCUGUCCCCAGCUCAGAACUUGCUCCCCAGCGUCUUCCCCCCAAUCCAUAGCAACAGGCACGCCGACUGCAGGGCCCACAGCCGGCCGCGGCUCCGAGGUGCUGGGCUGGCCCAGCCAGAUGGAGGAUGCCCUGAGCGGGGAGGACGGCGAGGAGGAAGAGGACGAGGACGCAAAGGAGGGAGCCGCAGCCCCUGUCCCUGAUCCUGAAGAGCCGGUGGAGCCCCAGCUGACAGAAGCCAGCCAGGUUCUGGGUACCGCAGAGAUUAGGCAGCUCGGCCUCCACCUGCCCCCGAGGGUCACCGGCCACCCCUGGAGUCUGGCCUUCAGCACAUCAAGGGAUGGCUUCAGCCUGCGGAGAAUGUACCGGCAGAUGGAGGGCUGCAGCGGGCCGGUGCUGCUGGUGCUCAGGGACCAGGAGGGUCAGAUAUUUGGCGCCUUCUCUUCCUCGGCUCUCCGACUCAGCAAAGGUUUCUACGGUACUGGCGAGACAUUCCUCUUCUCCUUCUCCCCACAGCUGAAGGUCUUCAAGUGGACAGGGAGCAACUCGUUCUUUGUGAAAGGCGACUGGGAUUCACUUAUGAUGGGCAGUAGCAGUGGCCAGUUUGGGCUGUGGCUGGAUGGAGAUUUGUAUCAUGGGAGAAGCCACCCCUGUGCGACCUUCAACAACGAGGUGCUGGCCCGGCAGGAGCAGUUCCACAUCAGGGAGCUGGAGGCCUGGGUUCUAGGCUGAGGCCCUGUGUGGCGGCUUCCUGGGCUGCCGGGCUAUGGACCUGCGUGCACCUUCCUGGCCUUCUGUACCCAGGACAGCCCCUCUGCUCGGCGCGAAUGGCCAAGUGCCCACACGUGGACUGUGGCUGUUGGAAAGCUCGUGGCCUGGGGACACAUGGGAUGAGGCAGGCAUUGCUGUCCUGCAGACGUGACUCUGGAGGUGUCAAAGACACACCUUACCCAGAAACAGCCCCUCAUGAAAACAAUCUUUAUAGGAAUUCUACAACUAAUGCAACAUGUUUAUUUGCAGAAACCCAGAACACAUGAAAAAUUAAAAUUGCCUAAAAUUCAA